AUGAGCCAACUCACCAUACCCACUAUAUUGGAUGUCCCUCCUGAAAUCUUAUCCUCGAUCUUUCUUCUCAACACAACCGUGGAGUCAUUUUAUGACCUUAGAAUUCAACAAGACACAGCCAGAUACACCUCUCAGGUCUGCUGCCAAUGGCGCUUUUUGGUGCUGGAGAAUCCAGUCAUCUGGAGCAGGGUUAUCGAUUUCACUCGUGGAUCUCACCAAUGGACAGAGGAACUUUUAAGAAGGGCUUCAGAUUGUCCUCUCACUUUAGUUUCUCGCUAUCACUCGCUAUCGUCAGAUAUUUUGGCGAGAGAGUUGGAACAUGUUUCGCGGUUUGGUCGAUACUAUGGCGAAUUCGCGGUGGAAACCUGGCCAAUGGUUCUCGAUAAACUUCAGCAGCCCGCUCCCUACCUCGAAGAACUUUUGCUUGAGGGGAGUGGCAGCGGCGCUCAAUGCAAACUUCCUGCCACGAUUUUCAGUGGGAAUGCACCCCGUUUGCGUCAGCUCUGGCUUCAAUGCUGUGGCUUUGAUGACGACCUGCCCUAUCUUGCACAGCUUACUCGCCUAUCCAUAUGGGAUUUUCCAGUGCAAAACGCUUCACCCAAAAAUCGUUCAUCUACCAAACCUCGAAAAAAUCACACUGACGGCAUCGUUGAGGGAAUGCAGCGCGUCCCUCUCGUCCCUCAUCCUCAAACCGACGUGUACAACGAUUUCUUCUUUGUCAGCAACCGUGCCCCCACUAUGGCUGCAUCGGAACCAGACACAUCUCCCUUUCGCUGGCCUACUUUCACAAGUUACUUCUCUCGAAUUAUUCCUCAAUUCCGCACUCGCAUCCAAAACACAUUCAACCAUUGCCAAUGUUCUACGACAAGCACACAAUGUGACCUCGCUUGGCUAUAUGCGGGCACCGACCGUGUCCUUCAAUUCCUCGUGGACUUUAUUCAGUACAGAAUCAGCAUCGCCGCCCCCAUUGGGGAAGUCUACUAUACAAAGCUAUCUGAUAACUUCAAAAUCUUGUGCUGCGAUGCAAUGUUGAACCCAUCGAGUGUACAACUCACCUCAGCCUUUCUUUGUCUCCAAAUCGUCCCAGCGCAAACGUACAUUUGGGCAAGUCGGGGGACUGGCGCUUGCGCCGCUAGUACUGGAUUGAGUAACACAGUUCUUGAACAACGUUCAAAAUGCGAACGUCGUGUGUUCGCAAAGAUACACCUCCCAGGUCUGCCGCCAAUGGCGCUUUUUGGUGCUGGGGAAUCCAGUCAUCUGGAGCCGGGUUAUCGAUUUCACUCACGGAUCCCGCCUGUGGACAGAGGAGCUUUUAAGAAGGGCUUCGGAUUGCCCCCUCACUUUGGUUUCUCGCCACCGCCCGCUAUCCCCGCUCCCUACCUCGAAGAACUUAACCUUUGGGGGAGUAGCAUUCCGAGUGACAUUGCUCAAUUCAAACUUCCUGCCACGAUUUUCAGUGGGAAUGCACCCCGUUUGCGUCAGCUCUGGCUUCAACGCUGCAGCUUUGAUGACGACCUGCCGUAUCUUGCACAGCUUACCCACCUCGCCGUAUCGCAAGUUUCAUUGCGAAACCCUCCGCCCAAAAAGUGGCUUGACAUUUUAUCACGCAUGAAAUUUCUCACCAAUCUGCGGCUCAUAGACUCAAACAUAGGAGCCGAAUCUCAUGCAGCUAUUCAUCUACCAAACCUCGAAAAUAUCACACUGAUGGCAUCUCUGAGCGAAUCCAGCGCGUUCCUCUCAUCACUGAUCCUCAAACCGACGUGUAGUAUGAGGGUGAUUGCCCGGAAUGUUCGCCCAGGAACAGACUUUGACGUCACCACAGGAAUUAUUGCACAAAAGUUACAGUUUUACUUGUCCAAGGCCACUGAAUCCGACUUCCCUCUCUACCUCCAUGUCAGCAGCGGCGACUUUUUUGUCAGCAACCGUGUUAUUUCCCCUACUGGGGACGAAUCGAAACCAGAGGCCCCUCCCCAUUUCUAA